GUUUGGCUGCGGCGCAGAUAUGAGGCAGUCGCCGUCGUCCGUGUAUGUGUUGGAAAGCCACGCCGCGGCCCCUCCGCGACCCCCCCGAGCGGGCCGCCGCGGCGGGCCGGCUCAGAGGCUUCUCUUGGCGCUGGUGAGCGUGGCUUUGAUUGGGCUCGUCCUGGAGGGUCUGCUCAUCUUCUACCUGCACUCGAGUCACUUCGGACAGACACCGUCACCAUCGUUCUCCAAAUUGAGCGCAGAAAAAAAUGAAUCGCCCCAGACAUCUAACCGUCUUAACUCUCUUUCCAAAACAUUCACACACCUGAUGGAAAAAAGCGCAUCUUCUAACGCGUCCGCUCCUCGCAUGCCGCUUUCCAAACCAGUCGCCCGCCUGAUGGACGGCGCGGACGUGGUCCACGGCAAAGGGGUAAUGGGCUGGAGCCUGGUUUCGGACCGCGUCCUCCGCGGCGUGGACUACAAGGACGGAAGUCUGGUGAUCCGCCGGGAAGGCUUCUACUUCGUCUACUCCAAAGUGAGCUUUCACGAGCGCGGCGUCUUCCACCACGCGGUCAUGAUGCGCACUCGCAGGCACCCCGGCGGCAGCGUCCUCCUGCUGCAGUCCAGGAAAUAUUCCUCGGCCAACGACAAGAACAGGGGCAACGGCGACACUUUCCUCGCCGGGGUCUUCCACCUGCGCAAAGACGACGCCGUGUUUGUCAAAGUCAGCGACACGUCCAAAAUAGUGCGCGUCAUCGCUAACGAGAACGUCUUCGGUGCAUUUAUGAUUUAAUGCUCUUCGGGGUUUUUUUUCAGCUCUAUUUCACAGGCUGUUCUUCACACUUUUGUAUUUUGUUAUUACAAAAAAUAGCUUUGGCAUCUUGGUGCCCAGGAACUAUGCACAAGUGAGGGGGAGGAGCGUCUUUGAGUCAGGCCAUAGCCUUGUCUAAUGCCUAAAUGUUUUUUGUUUUUUUUGUGGCAUCCAUAGGCAAUUAUACUGUAUUCCUUUUUCAACAGCUCUCGCACUUUUUCAAACUAUCAGGAAUUAAAACGAGGACCCGGCUGAUUUUGAACAAUACCCAAAUGACCUAGUUACCUUAUUUUAAAUAGUUAAGGAACACAAAUGCUGCAAACGAUCAGCAAUUCAUACACAGCGUCAAAGCAAAGACCUUCUUGAUUUUGAAUGAAAACCGAAUGACCUCCCUUUUUUUUUUUUUUUUUUUUAAUUCUUAUUUUGAAGGAGUUCCAAUAGAAGGUGACUUUGUGUAUGUAUGUGUGUGUGUGUGUGUGUCUGGGGGGGGGGGGGGGUAUAUAAAGAGAAGCUUGGAGAUGAGUAAAAGGUUCUACUGUUGCAAAAGCCUUCAAUUUGACAGUUGAGGUUUGACGCUUGUUAAGCUUCGCCGACGGUGGAAAAUGUGCAUCUGGGCCCGGAUGGAUGACUAACGAGCUCCACUUUCAUUCCUCUUGUUUUCAACUGUCGUCGCGGCUACUUUUUUUUUUUUUUUCUUCUUUUUUUUAGCCACAAUUUCGUAUUUUUGAGCCAUAAUUGAACAUUUUGUACACAGAUUAUGGCGAUUUUGUGGCCACAAUUGUUAUUUUCACAAUCGUUCACAGCUCUUGUGUUGGCUCUCUUUAGAUGGAGCUUGUCUACCUAAUGAGUUCACUUAUGUAGAGACAACCCACAAGUUUAAACAUAAUAAAUGCUUUAUU